AUGGUCGAGGAUUCGUCUGCGAAUCGACGGAGAGGAGCAACAAAAAGCGGUCUCCCCCGAGAGCGGGCGGCCUCUGCGGCUACAGUCGAAGUCGAUCUCGACGAGGGAAAAACGCCGAAGGUGAGUUUGAAAAACCGAAAACACAGGAUGGAGGAUUCCUCUGAGAAUCAUCAAGAAAAGGAAAACAAAAAAGAUCUCCCGUGCCGGCCAGCCUCUGUGGCUAAAGCCGAAGACAAUCUCGACAAGGGAAAAAAGGUGCGCGACUGCGCCUGAGCGAGUAGCGCGCGGAUGGAAACGCAGGGUCGAGGAUUCGUCUGCGAAUCAACGGAGAGGAAAAAGCACUCUCCUGAUCCUGAGCGAAGAGGACGACACCUGCGCUUUAGAGGUAAGAAAUUUAAAAUAAAUAAAUAAAUUAAAAUAAAAAAUAAUGUUUAUAUAUAUAUAUAUAUAUAUAUAUAUAUAUAUAUAUAUAUAUAUUUUUUAAAUAAAUAAAUAAAUAAAUUUUAUAUAUAUAUAUAUAUAUAUAUAUAUAUAUAUAUAUAUAUACAUAUGACCUGUGUGUGUGUGUGUGUGUGUGUGUGUGUGUUUCUACACUGCCUGUGUAUUGUUUUCUUAUUUUUGUUUGUUUUUUGUUUACAGUGCCCUCUGCAUGACUGGCCAUCCUGUGAGGGACGGACAGAGAGAGAAAGAAAGAAAGAAAGAAAGAGAAAGAGACGAAGGUUUCCCAGAUUUUUUAAAAAAAAAUUUUUAUUUCUAAGAGCAGAAAAUACUGUAAAGAUGUCUUAACGCCAACAGAAAGAAAGUGUUUGUACAUAAAAAGUGUUUUACAAAUGAAAAGAAUAUAUUUAUUUAUAUAUAUAUAUAUAUAUAUAUAUAUAUAUAUAUAUAUAUAUAUAUAUAAACAUUUUUUUUUUUUUUUUUUUUUUUUUUAAAAACUACACCUUGCUUCAUCAUACAAUUUUUUUUUUCCUUUUCUUACUGCAGUGUCCAAGGCUUGGUGAGGUUUAGGGAAGAGGACAACGCCUGGGCUCCAGAGGCACGAGUCGGCACCCCACCAUAGGGAGUGAAACCAUUCUAUCACUCUGUCAGUUGUAAAACACUAAAGUAUAAUCGGCAGAGGUUGGAGAGUGUCGGAGUUGUCAUGUCGUCUCUAAGCCAACGUGUCUGUUCUUCUCUUCCACUGAACCAGUUGCGUUUUACUUUGCACAGUUCAGUCAGGAAGGUGAGCGGCUGGUUCGGCGAUAGAGAAGAACAAAUUCGUGGUUCUGAGAUGACGUGUCCUCACUCCUCGUAUUUAGCCUCUGACACAAAGACAUCACAAAAUGUGGACUCGAUAUCACUGACUGUACUAGCUCCUGUAUGAUUAUGUGUUUCAAUCUGUCUGUGUUAAGGUUUAUAUAUAUAUAUAUAUAUAUAUAUAUAUAUAUAUAUAUACAGUCGUGGACAGAAGUUUACAUACAGUACAUGUUCCUACACUAAAUCUCAUGCUAAAUUCAAGUUACCGACUUGAAUCAUGAAUAAUCUAGCAUCCAGGAAGCCCUAGGAUUAAUGCUUUUGGGGAAAUAAAAAGAAAAGGCAAAAAAUCCUCAUAAUUCAAGAUUUAUUGAUAUUUCUUUGCAGAACACCGCUUUUUUUUUUACGGGGUCAUAAGUUUACAUACACCUUUGUCUUCAGGGCUUAGUACUUGGUAGCAUUUCCAUUAAGUUUUUAUAACUUCAGCAAGUCGCUUUGGAUUGCCAUCAAGGAGCUUCUCACAGUAAUCCUUUGGAAUUUUUGACCACUCUUCCUGGCAGAUUUGGUACAACUCGGUCGGAUUUGUUGGUCUUCUCUUACGGACUUGUUUCUUCAGUUCACUCCAGAUAUUCUCGAUAGGAUUGAGAUCAGGGCUUUGUGAAGGCCACUCCAGUACUUUCACCUUGUUCUGCUGAAACCAUUUUGAAAACUAAUUUUGCAGUAUGUUUUUGGAUCGUUAUCUUGUUGAAAGAUCCAAUUUCGACCGAGCUGCAGAGAUUUGGCUGACUUCUUGAGGUUUUCCUUGCAAUAUUUCCAAGUAUUGCUCUUUUCUCACGAUUCCAUUGGUCUUCUGGAGUUCACCAGUUCCUGAUGCUGCAAAGCAACCCCACAACAUGAGACUUCCUCCACUGUGCUUGACCGUUGGGAUGGUAUUGUUGGGAUUGAAGGCUUCAACCCUUUCGCCGGAAAACAUAUUGCUGGUCAUUAUGCCCAAACAGUUCAAUUUUCGUCUCAUCUGACCAGAUGACACUCUUCCAGAAGGCUUUAUCCUUACCCUUGUGCUCUUUCGCAAACUUCAGCCGAGCUUUUCUGUGUCUCUCGUUGAGUAAUGGCUUCUUUCUUGCCCGGUACCCCCCCCUCUCAGCCCAUGUUGAUGGAGAACUCUCAUGACCGUGGACACUGAGACAUUUGCUCCUGAGGCAGCCAAUUCAUUGCAGAUGGCUUUCUUGGUGAUCUUGGGGGUUCAUUUUCACCUUUCUGACCAAAAGCUUUUCAUCUCUGGAUGUUAAUUUCCGUUUCCUUCCAGACCGUGGCAUUAUGGCUGUUCUUCCAAGGUGCUUGUAUUUGUGGACAAUUGUCUGAACAGAUGCCCUUGAUACAUUAAGCUGCCUUGAAAUGGUCCCAAGAGAUGAGCCUGACCUAUGCAAGGCAACAAUUAGCUUCCCUGAUGUCAUUGCUGUAUUAUUUUGACUUUCCCAUUGCAAGUCUCAAGUCGAAAUGCAGUGUGUGUAAAGUGAAGCUCCUUUUUAUACCCCAUAAUUUCUACACCUUGGCUUUUUACACAACAUGAAUGAACACCAGACUAAAGGGAUGAUUCCAUUAAUUCCAUUUCACAACCUGAUUUCAACUCAUUUACUCUUAAAUAGGCCAGACAAGUGGGUGUAUGUAAACUUAUGAACCACAAGAAUCUGAGGUCAUUUGGGGAAAUUAACUAAAAAUCUAUCUGAGGUAAAAAAAAAAAAAAAAAAAGUGUCUUCAUUCAAAUUGGGGUGGCAAGUUGGGUUAAAGCUGUCUUGAACAGUUUUUGCUUUAGUGUAUGUAAACUUCUAACCUCGACUGUAUAUAUAAAUAUAUAUAUAUAUAUGUGUGUGUGUGUGUGUGUGUGUGUGUGUGUGUAUAUAUAUGUUUGUGUGUGUGUAUGAAUUUAUGAGCCUGUAAGGGAGGAUGAAAGAAAUAAAGAGACCAAACUGUUUGCAAUAUUUCAUAUUACUUUUCCUCUGUUGAUGUGUGGGUUCAAGGGUGGAAAAUAUUGUUAGGAUGCUGUCUGAACACCAAUGAGACUAUAUGUUUUGGAAAAGAAUAAAGUGCUAUACAAAUAAGAUUAAAAAAAAAACAAUGUUUACCGCAAUUCCCAAUUACCAAAAGAAAAGUGCAGCAUGUGUCUGAAUAGAUCAAGUUUAUAGCAAGUUGAGUCACAUCUCCGUAAAACCGCACUACACCUGCAUAAAACUUGUACUACUACCAAUCCUUGUCCUAUUACAUUACAUUACAUUGCAUUACAACAAUAACUACUAAAACAACGACAACAACGAAAAAAUAAAACAAUACUGCACUGCAGCCAUGAGUCGAGAGAUUACCGCUUUGCAGUUCAUGCAACAGAUGUUGUCAAAUGCAUUCUCUGAUGAUGCCAAUCCCGAUGAAGAAGCAGAGGGUGUGUCUGAGGAGGAGGAUUAUGAGGCAAGUAACCAACCGAACAGGGAAGAGGAAGGAAAAGAAGAAGAAAUGAUAAUAUCAGAAGACAGAGAGGAGCAAAUGGAAAGAGAGGCAGAAGAGGACGGAGAGCAUAAAGAAGAAGGAGAAGGAGAAGAUGAGGAAGAAGAUGAAGGAGAAGAAGGAAUAACAGAAGACAGAGAGGAGCAAAUGGAAAGAGAGGUAGAAGAGGAAGGAGAGCAUGAAGAAGGAGAAGGAGAAGAAGAAGAUGAAGAAGAAGAUGAAGGAGAAGAUGAGGAAGAAGAUGAAGGAGAAGAAGGGGUAACAGAAGAGAGGAGCAAAUGGAGGAAAUGGAAAGAGAGGGGGAAGAAGAAGAAGAAGAAGAAGAACAGGAAGAAGAAGAAGAACAGGAAGAAGAAAGGGUAAUAGCAGGCGAGAGAGAGGAGCAAGCGAAAGAAGAUACAGAUUUGUUUUUUCUCUCAAAACACGACAAAAUCAUAUGGUCCUCCGUAGCGUACGAUAAACAAGAGCGGGGUAGAAAAGACAGGAGCAAAAGACAGAUGCCAUCGUCGCCGUUACCGCCGACAACCGGCCCACCCGGACCGACUGAAUAUUCUCUCGUCCACGCCCGUGACAUCGCCUCCACCAUCGAUAGAACGCAUCAUCUUGGAGAUGACUAAUUUGGAGGGAAGACGGAAAAUCGGAGACGGCUGGAAACGCAUGGAUGCCGUCGACCUUCGCGCCUACAUAGGGCUGCUGCUUUUAGCCGCCGUCUACAGGUCCCGAGGCGAGGCGAGCGCCAGUCUGUGGGACGCUGAGAGCGGACGGUCCAUCUUCCGCGCCACGAUGCCGCUUAAAGUGUUUCACGCCUACUCUAGACUGCUGAGAUUCGACGACAGCGAGUCGAGACCCUCCAGACGCGCGGCCGACAGACUGGCGGCCAUAAGAGAGGUCUGGGACACGUGGUCUGAGCGGCUGCCGUCCCUCUACAACCCCGGGCCGGAGAUAACGGUGGACGAACAGCUGGUUCCGUUUAGAGGGCGUUGUCCCUUUCGGCAGUAUAUUCCCAGCAAGCCAGCGAAAUACGGAAUCAAGACGUGGGUGGCGUGCGACUCUAAAUCCAGUUACGCUUGGAAGAUGCAAGUGUACACAGGGAAGGCCACGGCCACAGAUGCAACCUGGCUGUUAAGCGUGACGUCAUUUUGUGAGCGGAGCGACUUCCGGGUCCAUGGGGAAUCAGACUCCAUUCACUUUCCAUUCAAAACAACGAUGGCGGAACCUGUGAAUCUCUUCACAAUAACCUCCUUUUUCAGAAAGGAACCACUCAGAGUAA